AUGGACGACUCAAUGUACACCAAUUACCCUCCUGGCCUAUCGCCAGCCCAACAAGAGUACCUCGUCACAGCUACCAAAGAUUGGGCCAUCCAAAAUGGCCUUACUGUUCGACCGAAUCCAGCAAUGCUUCCUGAAGGAGCAGACCCAAAUCGAGUUUUGGCAACCAAUGCCCCAGUGACACUUUUCCCCAGUCCAUUUCCGAAGGUCUGCUUUGAAGAGGCUCGGGCGCUGCAAACAGUUUACAACGAACUAUACGCCGCCAUCACUUGUAACGAAGAAUGGCUGGGAAAAAUCAUAGAAGAUCUCGUCGACGUCGAUGACUUCGUGGCAAACCUAUGGAAAACACAUCUGGCGGUACAGAAGGAAGGCUAUGUUCAGAACCUGUCCUUGGGUCUUUACAGAUCUGACUACAUGGCUCAUGUCACGCCUAAUAAUGCUCCAGCAUUGAAGCAGGUGGAAUUCAACACCAUAUCGUCAUCAUUUGGUGGGCUUUCUGCCCUUGUCAGGUCAUUGCACACGGAGCUUCUUACUUCACCACCCGGGUCACCGAUCAGCUAUCCGCCUCAUCCUCUCUUACAAUCCGGUGUGCCGCCCGAGAAUACUGCUGUUGAGACUCUGUCUGGUGGCCUAGCUGCCGCGCACAAGGCAUAUGGGCCAUCGAGGUCCACCCCAGAUCUUCCUUUGUGUGUUCUCUUCAUAGUCCAAGAAGGAGAACGGAACGUCUUCGACCAAUAUGCUCUAUCAAAGCGACUCACCCAAUUCUAUAAAAUCCCCGUCUUCCGUCUGGCGAGCAGCAAGAUCUUAGACCAAACAACAGUGUCCAACUCGAACCCAUCACGGCCACUAAUCUAUCAUCCUCCUCACUCUCCGGAAUCUGCAUUUGAAGUGACGACUGUUUAUCUUCGAGCAUACUAUUCCCCCGACGAAUAUAAGUCUGAACGCGAUUGGGAGGCCCGCCUGCACAUGGAACGCUCUGGGGCAAUCAAGUGUCCAAGCGUGCUUAACCAGCUGGCCGGCUGUAAGAAAAUCCAGCAAGUUCUUGCAGAGCCUACGGGGCCCGAUCACCUGUCAAGCUUCCUCGGUAAUGUUGACCCUGCAAUCGUUGCAAGAUUACGAGAAACCUUUGCUCCCCAGUAUGACCUCUCGACCACGGGUCAGGGUCGGGAAUUGGCCCUCAGCCCAGAGACCGCUAUGAAGCAUGUCCUCAAGCCGCAACGAGAAGGCGGAGGCAACAACAUCUAUAAAUCUGAGAUCCCAGACUUUUUGCGGUCGAUGCCUGAGUCUGAUUGGAAGGGUUGGGUUUUGAUGGAGUUGAUCAACCCGGCAGCCAAUGCCCAGAAUAUUGCACUGCGAAAUGAUGGAGAAGUUCUUCGUGGCAGCGUCAUUUCAGAACUCGGUGUCUAUGGAACAAUUCUGUGGGAUAAGACAGGGAAAAUAUCUCACAACGAAGAAGGCGGGUGGCUGUUGAGAACGAAGGGAAAGGAGGUUAAUGAGGGCGGCGUUGCCGCUGGCUUCUCCAGUCUGGACAGUGUUCUUCUGUAUUAG